AUGUACACCAAACUUCUCAAAUUAUUCGGAUAUAUGAUUAUAUUAUGUGGCAUCCUGAAUCUCUUUGAAAUUAUGAGGUCUCGUUUGCAGUUGAGCAAAAAGCUUGCAGCAAAGAGCUCAACAACCUACAAAAUAAGCUUUGCUAACUUUACUCAGUACUACAAAUAUAUAUUGUUGCCGAGCUCUUCAACACUAUCUUCAUGUCUUGGAAACAGCGGACGCAGCCCUCUAAUGAUCGCCACUGUUUUAUCCAUUGCAAAUCAUACCGAGGAGCGCCAAGCUGUACGUGAAACCUGGGCAUCAGAAAGAGAAUCAAAAUUCAUCAAAACACACUACGUGAUGGUAUUCUUCAUCAUAUCUGCUACAUCCAAAAACGAUCUACAAAUUCUGCAGAAAGAGCAAGAAGAGUACGACGAUUUGAUUGUCACAGACUUGCACGAAGCCUUCCAGAAUUUACAUCUCAAAGACCCAUUCUACACUGGUAUUAUUGCCGAAGAGGCAAAGAUUCGAAGAGUUCAUUGGGAAGCUAGUGUGACUUUGGAUUUCCGGAAACUGAAGCGCAAUAAAUUAAAGGAGGUGAAGAUUUUCGUUCAUUCGUUGCAUACACCAGAACAUCUUCGAACAGUUUUUCAACUUAUGAAAGAUAUAAUAAAUAUAUUUCUCAAACUUUUCGGGUAUGCUGACUGCCAUAGACGAAUCGUAAAUAACUGCUUAUUCCAAAGGCUCUUCCGCGGUUGCUCAGCUUGA